AUGGACAAGCCACUGUCGCCGACCCAGACGGAGACAGCCCCGUCCCCUGUAGAUGGUGAGAACCUCCCCGUGGCCCCGGUCUCGUGGCUUGAAUCCAAGCUCAAGCCAAAGACCAUUCACCACCGCUAUCCUUUCAGAGGAAAGCCUCUCCUUUGGAUGACAUGCGCUUUUGGAAGCUUGGGUGAUGCCUUGUUCGGUUAUGACCAAGGUAUCGUUUCCGGACUUCUGGUCAACCCGGUGUUCCUCUCGAGGUUCUUCAGCGACUAUGGUGGUGCUGACGGGACCGAUGAUCACAUUAACCCAUCCGUAACAGGCAUUCUCGUGGCAUGUCUUCAGAUCUCGGCCGCCAUCGGCUCCCUGAUUGCAGGUAGUCUCGGCGAUAUGAUUGGCAGGAAAAAGUGCGUUCGUUUAGGCGGCUUCAUCUACUUCGCCACCGCCUUUAUUCAAGCGUUCGCUCCCGAUUUCAAGACUUUCGUUAUCGGCCGGACCCUCCAGGGCCUGGGCGUGGGUUUCCUCUCCAUGACUGUCCCCGUCAUCCAGACUGAGAUUGCCGCACCACAUCGUCGAGGCCGUAUGGUGGGAGUCGAGUACACGUUUCUUAUCGGUGGCUACGCGCUCUCAACUUGGGUUGACUUCGGCUUCUACCACCUUAUCCCAAAGAGCGAGUCCUGGCAGGGCCCCUACUUCAUCCAAAUGGGACUGGCCUUCAUCCUGUUUGCCAUGUCCUUCUUCCUCCCUGAAACGCCUCGCUGGCUCGCCCGCAACGGUUUCACCAAGGAGUGCCUUCAGACAGUCGCGGAUCUUCACACUCCGGACGGUGAUACGCAGGCCCAUCAUGUCCAGCAGGUCAUGGUGGAGAUCAAGGAGGCUGUGCGUUACGAGGCCAGCCUUGGACAAUCGACAUGGCUCGAGAUGUUCACGCGUUAUCGCAAGCGCACCCUCGUUGGAAUCACGGCACAGAUGUUUGCCCAGCUCAACGGAAUCAACGUCAUCUCCUUCUACCUACCUACGACGCUCGCCAAAGCAGGCCUCAGCGUGCAGAAGUCUCUACUCUACACGGCUGCUAAUUCAGUCCCCUACGUCGCCGCUACGAUCCUCACCUGGUGGCUGGCCGAUAAAUGGGGACGACGCCCUCUAUUGAUCCUCGGUGGCAUCCUCAUGGCUAUCGCCCUUUGCGUCGUCUGCGCCUUCACCGAAGCCCACAUUUCAGACUCCAACACUCGUGCACACGGCAUCUACGCUUUCGUUAUGAUCUACAACGCCAUCUACGGCUUCACCUGGGGCCCUAUCCCUUGGUUGCUUCCAGCCGAGAUCUUCCCGCUGCGAGCCCGAAGCAAGGGCAUGGCGCUGGCUACAUGUUCAAACUGGAUGUUCAACUUUGUGAUUGGCAUGUCAGCGCCUGACGCCUUCGCGGGCAUUGGGGGUUACUACUAUGUAAUCAUCGCGGGGUUUUGUCUUAUUUCAGUCGCACUGGCGUACUUCUUUUACGUCGAGACUGCCAACCAUACACUUGAGGAAAUCGCACUGGCGUUUGGAGACAAGGCCUUUGCAGCGGAUGAUGAGACUGUUAUAGCGACGGCGCAUCUCGGGCGUGAAACUGAGGAGAGAAAGUCGGCGCUGGUUUGA